AUGUACUUUCUAGGAUGGUUUAACACUAAUAGUAUGAAUCGUAAUCGUGCUUGGCACACAGCAUCUCUGUUAACGACUGGAAAUGUAUUACUUUGUGGUGAUUCAGGUGUUGCUGGUGAUCCAUGUUCUGCUGAAUUGUAUGAUCCAUCAACAAAAACUUGGACACUGUCUGGAAAUAUGAUUCAUGGGCGAUAUUAUCGCACAGCACCUAUGUUAACCAAUGGAAAAUUAUUGACUACCGGAAACUGGACAAUAUUGAGAAAUAUGAAUAGUGCAAGAUGGCAACACACAGCAUCUGUAUUAACAAACGGAAAAAUAUUAGUUAUUGGAGUAACAGAAAAUUGGAUACUGACUGGCAGCAUGAAUAAUACGCGAGGAUAUCGUACUGCAUCCGUACUAAUGAAUGGAUACGUUUUAGUUGCUGGUGGUUAUAGUACCAGCAGUGAUGUCAAUAGUGCUGCGUUGUACGAUCCAUUAACUGGAACAUGGACAAUUACUAGUACCAUGAAUUCUACACGAUGGGAUCACCCUACAUUCGUAUUAACAGAUGGAAACGUGUUAAUUACUGGUGGAACGAGUGGGGAUCUCGCGCUGAAUGUUUCAGAAAUAUACUGA